AUGCAAGAACAGACCGCGCCCUGGGCGCAUGGGCACGGACGCCCCCUCAUCUCCGCCUCCUCGCCCGCGUCCACGCUACGCUCACGCCGCUUUCAAGCGGAUCGCCUGCUGUUCCUGGACGAGAUGUCUGUGCCAUCCCCGGUCUUGUCGGACCGGGAGGUCGUCCCGGAGGCCGGUACUGGCGAGAAUGACACUGACGAUGUCCAGCCACUGCCGGUGCUCCCCAAAGCUGUCGUGGUAUCUGGGCUUGAGCAUGCAUCGCUUCCCGCCCAACGGGCCUUGUGCCUAGCACUUGCCGAGAGACGCCUCAUAUUCGAGGAAGAAAUGGCAAGCGCAAAUAGCUGUUUGAACGAGGAAGGUACCUGGAACCUUCCUGACGACUUCAUUAUGAUAUAUGUGUGCAAAGCAGACGGCCACGACCGACCUGCACUGCUAGGCGCACUGCUAGACAAAUUUGCUAUGAGCACAGACGUUGUCAUAUCUCCUGCAGUCCGCCACGCAUACGCAGCCUAUCGCGGAACGCCAAGCUCAACCCCACUCGCUUCCCCAUUCGCGACUCCGCACUCGCUACCCACACCUUCCGAUGUUACAUCUAGUGGUCCCCUCCGCUCGCCACCCUCCCGGUUCUUCGCGCUUCCCUCCAUGUCCACGUCCAAGCCGAUAUCGCCGCCUGUUCCGCCAGCCGAGCUCGCACUCCUCCGCGCCUCAUCCGCACGCACUGUCAUGCACCCAUUCCUAAGCGCAUAUCUGCGCAACUUAUUUUACGCUGCGCGCCAGCAUCCGCUACUCGAUGGUACGCUCCUCACGAGGCGCACACAUCGCGACGCAGACGCCUUAGUGCGCGCGUUCCGUGUAAUUGCCGGCGACUCGGUGGGGGCGGACCUCCUGCGUGCGGGGUUCGCCGGCGGCUUGCCUGGGGAGGCCUCAGAGCAUGCAAGCACCACGAGUUUGAGUACGAGAGAACCCGCGGAGUGGGAGAAAGGCGUGACAGGAAUCGAUUGGGCGCGGCGCGGCGACGGGGCUAGUGACAGAGAAGCGAUAUGUGGGAAUGGAGCUACCGAUGAGCCUAUGCCGGUCAAUCUGCCAUUCCGUAUGCCCGCCUCUGAAGAUGAAGUGGACCCAGAUGACAAGACAUCGAUGCUCGGGGACACCAACGAAGUCGCCGUGUGGGAUGUAUCGGAGGUAGAUGUGGCGAGGGUGUUCCCUCGAAUUGUCUCGCAUCAUCUCAGGGUGCGUGGGGGGCCUGAUGAGGAGAUCCUAGGGAGCAUAAACUGGCCUGCGGUCGAGCAUUUGCCUGACGGGGGACCAAACCCUCGACUUGAUGGUAGCGUUUACGAGCGGAAAACGGUGAAGGAGGUCUUAGUGCAGAUUCUUGGCGAUGUCUGA